GAGCAGCUCCGCUCUCUCCAAACGAAGCUGGCGAAGCUGGGGAGACCCAGAGGACAGGGCCCCGAUGAGAAAAUCAUCGAGGUCUUUGGCCGCAAGGUUGAAGGCUGGGAAGCUGCCAAGGACGUCAGCCUGCAUGUGAGCUUCACCCGGAGCUUGGAAGAGGCCCUGCCAAAGAACUCUGCCAUUGAAGGCCACCGUUCCGAGCUCCUCCACCAGCUGCUCCAGCUGUGUCCCGCCGUCGAGGAGGACCUCCGAGUUUUUGCACGCGCGACGGCGCUUGGCGCGGCGAAGAUUCGGAACAAGCUCUGCAGUGAGCAGGGAGGAAGUUGGAGAUGGGACAGCGAUAUGCCGUUCGAGAUGGUGGUGGGCGAUGCCGUGGUCAAUCCCGACGACGGUCUCGUUUUGUUGCGCUCCGGGUGGCUCGCAAGAGGCGUGGUGUACCGGGAACGUGGACAUGACGAGCAAGGCUUCGACAUCAUUCGUAUCCAGCUGAAGACGCACAAGGCUUUGAAGGAGACCUAUGUAUUCUCUAUCAACCUUGGUUCUGAUCUUUUUACAGAUGCCGCUACUGCGAUUGUGUCUCACCUGACGCCAAUGGCUCGUUCACUGAGGGUGAGCCUUCAAGGAAUUGAUGGCCCACACUCUGAAAAGAUAACGAUGUUUGGGCAGAGGUGGGCGAUGAGCAUCCCCGCCAGCGAGGUGAGCCGCGCCCUGAAAACGGGCCUUCACUGGCUUUUGCCGGGGAAGAAGGAUUCCAAAGACCCCAAUGAGUUCGCAGCUGCAUGCUUGGUCUUCAACAUGGCGAAAUUGGACCCGGAGGCCUGUCCGAUUGAGGAGUAUCAGAAGCUCAGCCUCUUCCUCAUCGAGCGCGCUACCGACAGCCUGGAGGUGCAAACGCGAGGUGUCGCGCUGAUCAUCGAUUUUCGUGGCGUGCAGUUUACGAAGCUGUGGUCGGUCUUGCGCUUGGAGGACAUAAAACGUGGCCUCGGAUGCUGGGUGGGCGCCUUUCCCUGCCGGCUGCGCCGCAUUUGGAUCUUGGAUGCCCCACUUCCCGUGAGGGCUCUCACCGGCCUGGUGAAGAAGUUUUUGACCCCCAAGGUCAGGAAUCGCAUAGACUUUGUGGCGCCGAAGGAUUUGCAGAGAAUUCGGGAGGACUUUGUGGACUGCAUCGUCGUGCCGGACUCUUUAGGUGGCACUGACCCUUUCGACUGGGAUGCUCAGGUGGAGGGCUAUCUGAGAUGCGAGCCCAGAUUGCCGCUCAGAUCGCCGACGCUGCUGUCACUUUGA